UCCCACCCCGUAUGGGUGUUGCCAUUACUGCAAGCAGUUUGGACAUUUCAUCGCCCGGUGCCCCAUGCUCGGCCGUGGCGAUGGCCUAAUUUCAGGAGCUCCGAUCGGGCAGCCUCCCGUCUCGAGCUCACAGUACGCACCAAGCGCACCUCCUUUGUCGGCGGCCCCUGUGCAGCAGACCUCGUAUGCAACAGCUUCCAGCUCAAGGUCGAGACCUUCAUCACCUGCCCCGUCGGCCUUGAAUGCAAUCGUACCAUACCAACCAAGGUGCACCAUUGGACAGCAUGACAACAGUGGCAGUUGGAACAACCAGUACAGAGGCAAUCAAGGCGAGAUCGCGGCGCUGUUACGAGAGCUGGUGAAUAGUGAUCGUGAGAAGAGAGAGAAGCGAAGGGAGUUCGAGGAGAAGAAAUUGAAGGAAGAGCAACUUGCUAAACUCAAGGAAGAAGAGGAACAAAGGCGUGAGGACGAGGAAAAGAAAGAGACAGCUAGAGAAGCUCGCAUGGCAAAGCUGUUUGCGGAACAGUUUGCAGCUAUGAACAAGAAGAAAGAAGAUGAUCGUGACUUCAAACGAGAUCCUGCAAAAGGCAAGGAAAAGUACGACGACAGGAGCGUUGAUGCCAAACCAAGGGGGAAGGAUGGAGGUAUAAAAAUCAGUGACGGUGACGUUAAAAAACGCGGGCAAGAAGUGCUGCAAGGUGGCUCCCCUCUGCAACCGGAUGCUGGACGUCAAAAAACUCAGCUAGAACCAACGAUCGGCCCUCUAGACGCUGGGCUCUUGCUGAUGAACUUCAAUACGUUGAAGCGCGACCAAGAAUCCUUUUAGAAGAAUCAAGAAGCCAUGUUCCA